GAACACAAGUUUCAAGAUCUUAUUCAUCACUCAUUUUUCUUCUGUCUUCAAAUACACUUCUCAACCUGCUGCUUCUGUACCUCAGACUUGCCAUUUUCUUUUACAAAACACCCUUUAUCUAUUUCUCCAUUUCUGGUUUGUCUUGCUUCUGAGACUGCACUCUUAACCAAAAUAAGAAUGAGUGCCUCUGAAGUGACAACUGAAGGAACAGCAGCACAUGUUAAUCUAAGGGACUCAGAGAGUGUGCUUCAGGUACAAAUGAUUGCUUCUUUGGAGUUAAACAGGGUUCAUUAUGCAGAGGGAAGAAAGAAAUCACUGAGAGCUCGCUAUUAUUUUGGCAUUCUAUUCCUGAUAAUGAAUUUUAUUGCCUGGUUUUUCCGUGACUAUGGACAAGGUGUUCUACCAUUUAUUCAUCAUAUCAAAGCUUGUGGAAAAGAAGGAGAAGACUGUUUUCAUGCACUGGGAGUUCUUCGCGUGAGUUUAGGAUGCUACAUAUUUUUCUCAGUUAUGUUUCUCACAACAGUCAAAACAAGAAAAUUACAUGAAAGUUGGAAUUUAUGGCAUUCUGGCCACUGGGAAGUGAAGUUUAUUAUACUGCUUGUAUCAAUGGCACUCCCAUUCUUUUUACCUUCAGAACUUGUUCAAAUAUAUGGAGAGGUUGCUCGUAUUGGUGCAGGAGUUUUUCUUCUUCUACAACUUGUGAGUGUCAUCCAAUUUAUCAUUUGGUGGAAUAAGUACUGGAUUCCAGAUGAAGAAAGGAAGCAGAGUGACAGGUGGUCCUUUGGACUUUUGAUGUCAACAUUGUUUUAUGUUGCCUCUAUGUGUGGAAUUGUGUAUCUGUACACAACAUAUGCUCCAAGAGCUUCAUGUUCUCUCAAUCUAUUUUUCAUCACAUGGACAGCAAUUCUACUUGCUGCAAUUAUGGUUGUUUCCUUACAUUCAAAGGUUAAUAGAGGUCUUUUAUCUUCUGGGAUUAUGGCUUCUUACAUUGUUUUUCUUUGUUGGUGUGCAUUGAGAAGUGAGCCUGCAACUGCAAGAUGUCAGACAAAGAAUCAAGAUAAAGGAAACAGUGAUUGGAUAACUAUAAUUGGCUUCCUUAUUGCCAUAUUUGCAAUUGUGAUAGCAGCCUUUUCCACAGGCAUUGAUUCCAAAUCUUUUCAGUUUUCAGAAGACAAAGUUGAACAAGAAGAUGAUAUUCCUUACAGUUAUGGAUUUUUUCAUUUGGUAUUCUCCUUAGGAGCAAUGUACUUUGCAAUGUUAUUCAUCAGUUGGGAUCUGAAUAACUCAGCUAGAAAGUGGAGCAUUGAUGUUGGCUGGAUGAGUGCAUGGGUGAGAGUUAUCAAUGAGUGGUUUGCUGCAACAAUUUACAUAUGGAUGCUGAUUUCACCAAUUGUGAGAGAGAACAAAGUCAUGAAUAAUGGUAGAACUGUGCAGGAGACAGUUGACUCGGUUAUGCCAUGAUUAACAAACACAAAAAUCAUCAACAUUCUUACAAGAAAAAGGAAAAUUCUUCCCUUUAAAAUUUUUCUGUUCCUUAGUAUAUUUUACUCUUCAACUCGCUUUUUCUUUAAUGGUUGAAAGGCAAAAAAGUGGAAAAUGAAAUAAAACGAUAAUAUAUUUGCUUUA